AUGGAUAAUCAUAAUACUUCUUCAAUAUUAUCUGAAAAAGAAAAUCAAACAGAAGAAGAAACAAUAAACUCUGAUCAAUUACAAGGAACUUCACAAAUAUCAUCAACAAAAAAUAUCUUUGUAGAACGUUUUAAUUCCUCUGAUAUUCCAAUGAAACCAAGUGGUAAAUCAGCUGCUGUUAUUGCAAUUGAAGAAAAUCGCAAACGUGAAAAACGCGAAUUAAAUCAUCUCAAUGAUCGUUUUGCUUCGUAUAUUGAACGUGUACGUUUUUUGGAAGCUCAAAAUAAAAAAUUUCAACUUGAAAUAGAUCAAUUACGUGAAAAAUGGGGUUCACAAAUAACCAAAGUAAAAGAAAUUUACGACGGCCAAAUAUCUGAAGCUCGUCAGAUUAUUAAUGAUACAGCUAAACAACAGGCUACAAUUGAUCUUCGUGCUAAACAUGCUGAAGAAGAAACAUUAAGAUUGAAAGAGAAAUGUGAAGUAUUAUUAGUUGCAAGAGAUUCUGAUCGUAGACAAAUUGAAUUGUUACAAAAGCAAUUAUUUGAUAACGAAGCAGAUCUUGAUCUAUUUCGUCGUCGUUUAACUGAUUUGGAAGAUGAACAAAAACGUUUUAAUGUUGAAUCUAAAAAACUUACAUUAGAUAUUCAACGUAUAACAAAAGAUUUAGAUCAUGAAAUAAUUUCUCGAAUAGAAUUAGAAAACCAAAACCACGAUCUUGAAAAAGAAAUUCAAUUUUUAAAAGAAAUACAUUUACAAGAAAUCGAAGAAUUAAAACAAAUUAAUUUAAAUGAUACAAUAUUAGAUCCAACAAAAUUUUUUCAACAUGAAUUAUCAAAUGCUAUAAAAAAUAUUCGACAAGAAUAUGAGCAACUUAAUUAUCAACAACGACAUGAACUUGAAUCAUGGUAUCAAUCAAAAGUUACACAAGCUAUAAAAGAAGUUCAAACUCGUCAAUCUAUUGAAAAAUCAAAAAAUACUCUUGAACAAGAAGAAAUAAAAAGAUUACGAACAUUAGUUUCAGAUUCACAACAAGAUAUUUCUACAAUACGUCAACGAAAUGAAGAAUUAGAAAAUCGUAUUCGAGAAUUAGAAGAACUUGUUAAAAAUGAACGAAGUGAAAGUAUUCGAGCAUCAGAUGAGCGAGGUCAAAAAAUAAAAGAAUUACGAACUCGUCUUGAAGAUUUAGCACGAAAUUAUGACGAACUUAUUUCAACGAAAAUAUCACUUGAUUCAGAAAUUGCUAUUUAUAGAAAAUUACUUGAAGGAGAAGAGAAAAGGGAAGGCUUAAAACAAAUAGUUGACAAUGUUGAACAGCAAACACGAGCUAAUUUUUCUGCUAGUAGUGAUGUAUCAACCACUUAUUCACAAUCCUAUCAAAAACAAGAUGAUAGUCAAGAAAACCAAGAUCGAUCACAAGCUGAUCGUGAAAAUUCAUUGGACAAAGAAACAUCUUAUUUAUCACCAAUAUCUUCAUCAUUGGAUAAUAAUAUUCAAAAUAAUGAUGAUGAACCGAUACAAGCACCUAUGCAUGAAGAACAACCUAUUCCACUUCGAUAUUCGAGUUUUAAUCAUAAUAAUUUAAAAUUGAGAUCUUAUGUACCAUUUCAAAGUUUAUCAUCGACUCGAAAAGAAUCAACAAUUUUUGAACAAGUAUAUGGUAGUCAUCGACGACGACCUUAUACAGUUAGUUUGAAUGUUCAAUGGGCACCUGUUAUUUAUCAUACGAAUAUAUAUGAACAGAGUGGAAGUGAUUUUAACAGUCGAAAAUUUAAGACACAGACUUUUUUCGAAACUCGUGCAAUACGGGAACAAGAACAAUCUAAAGCUAUUACAACGCCUCGUUCAGACUAUACCGAUGCAUAUUUAUCUGCUUUCGCUCCUAAACUAAUUCCGACUAGAUAUAGUCAUCGGUUAACUCCUCCUAUAUUUGCACAUGUUAAACCAGUUCCACUCGAACGAACAAAAACAUAUUUAUCAACAAAUGACUCAAUUAAAACGAGUCAAACUCGUUUUAAUAAUAUUCAAAAUUCGAAUUCAUUCGAUAAAACUUUACCAUUUUCUCCUAAUACAAAUUCGACUUUUAGGUCGAAUUUAAUACCGAAUAUUUCUACUCAAUAUGAACCGUUUUCAGGUGCACAGACGUCCUUAUCGGAAACUCAAACUCUUAAUUCUAAUUAUUCAACAUCAAUUUAUCAACCGUCUUUAUCUAAACCUCCAACUACUUAUCAAUCUGAACCAUCUAAGGAAAACAUCGAUAAACCCAUAUCACAUACAUCUAGACCUUCGACUUUAUUAUCAUCAUCCUUAACAACAUCUUCAUAUAAACCUUCCGUAUUAUUUCAAUCCGCACCAUUAUCAUUCUCUAAUGAUAUCUAUCCGAAUAGUACUAAUAAACAAACAGUAUUGCCAUCUUCUAAUAUCGAAAAACAAAUCGAUAGAACAGAAACACAUUUGUUUCAACAUGAUGAAGAUAUACGUUCAUCAGAUAUUGAAAAAUCAUUAGCAGAAUCUUCUAUUAUUUAUGAUAAAUCAAAAAUUGAUCCUGAACAUGCACCAACAGAAGAAUUAUUAACAACUUCUUCUAAGCCUAUUGAAAUUCUUGAAAAUCAAACUAAUGAAUAUGAUUCAUUGAUUAAUCAAAUUUCAGACAUUCUUGCUACCGUAUCACCAUUAAGUUCUACUGUAAGUAGUAUGAGUCCAUGUCAGAGUGUACUCGAUUAUGAACUUACUGCGGAUGGUUCACCAAUUCUUAAACGUAAAAAUAUUGAACCUCAAUCAUCAUCACAACAACCAAUAGUAUCAGUUACAAAUAUGAAUAUGCAGCAUGCUAAAGUAAAAUAUUUGAUACGUGACGAUUCAUAUGACAAAAUUGUUACUGCUAUGGCAGAUCUCGAUAGUGAACUAACUCCCGUACUACCUGAUAUUCAAAAGUCAACAACACCAAUUGAGGAAGAGAAAAAUGAAUCAAUAAAAACACUGUUAGACGAACAUAAAAUGUUAUCAUUGUCAAGUGAACAAAUUCAAGAAGACGUUAAAACUUCUUCGUUACGUAACAAAAAUGACGAAGAAUCCGAAAUUUUACUCGAAACUUCAUUAAACAAUGUUGAAUGUGUUCAACCGAAAAUAAGUUUAUUAUCUAAUAUAGUCAAUAAUGAAAAUUUACAAGAAGAAACUAUUUAUAGCGAAUCUUAUGAUGAAGCAAUAUCGUGUAAGAAAAAUGAAAGUCAAGUUACAGAUGAUAAUAUACUCUUGAAUAACGAUGACGAUGACGAUGACGACAGUUCAUUAUAUCUAAGUCUUACAGAAGAAAUCAAUUCAUCGAAAGCUUCAAUUAUAGUUCCUGAAGAAGAAUAUAUAACUUUCAAUGAAUCUAAAGCAAUUGACAAACAACAGAUAAGUACAUUUGAUACUGAAAAUAAUCAAAUUAUUACAUCAGAUUCUACUGAACCAUCGGCAAAUAUUAUUCAACGACAAAUCAAAUCAUCUAGUCCACUUGAAACAUCAGCAAGUUUCUCAGACUCUAAUGAACGACGAAGUACUUCCUCAGAUAUAAUUGAAUCUCGAUCAAGUCAUAAUGAACAUGCGUCCAGUUCAAUAAGUUCUACUAACAAUCAAUUCAUAUUCGGUAUGGGUUCUUCUAGUCAAAAUACUUUUACUAGUGACAAACAAUCGAGUAUAAUCCCAGACGUUAUUAACAAAGACGUUAUUGAUAAACAACUCGAAGAAAUAGAAUCAAAUAAAAUCAAAACUUCUACAGAACUUAUUGAUGAUACAGGAAGUCUUGUUAGAACAUCAGCUAUGGAAAGCACAACUUUAUCAUUACUCCCAAACAUCAUAAGUCCAAUCGAUACACUUAAAAUUUCAAUUAGUACUCGAUAUAUAAGCAGUGAUGUCUAUCACGGUUACCAAGGCGAACAUACACAAUUUAUAGAAAGUCCGUCGGAUGUCAACAAUGACAAUACAGUGAUAUCUCUUUUGACUUCUCUUCGUCAAACUAUUAAAACUCCUGUUACACCACUUAUUGAAACAAUUCAAAGUGUCGUAUCAAGUAUGCAAACAAUUACUGCAAUACAACCAUUGACAAAUGAAAGUGAAAUGAUAGAUAAUAGUCAAGCUGAAACCAGGAUGGUAACUGGAAUAACAUUUGAUUCAGAAAAAGAUAUUAAUGAAUAUGAAACUAAUAUUGAAGAAAAUAAACAGACUAUUCAUACUUCUGAAGAAUCAAACACAGUAUUGAAAAAUCUUCAUAAUACAGUCACAGAGAUUAUUCAAGCAAUGUUAUCAAAUCUGCAAGAAGAAAAACAGGAAGUUCUAUUGACAUCAAAUACAGAACAAAUCAAACGAGUUCCUAAAGAAUCGAUCUCUAUUGAAGAGAUAAAGGAUUUAAAUAUUGUUCAAUCAUCACCACCUAAGAGUAAUGUUCGUUCAUUGGACGAAAUUGAACUAACACUAUCGUCUUUACUCGAUUCUAUUCAAGAGAAAGUUUCAGAUACAAUAACAACAUUUACAGAAACAAUUCAAAAAGUUGCAUCUACAGAUGUAUCAUCGGUACGAAUUCAAACACCAAAUGAACAUAUUGAAGAAUCGUCAUCAUUAUUGGAUACUUCACAUGAAAAACCAAUAAAUAAUUUGAUGAAUGAAUCUAUCAAUUUGACAUCCAAGACUACCAUUAUUAAACCAAUAGAAAACCAAGACAAUGUUAUGAUUGAAUCUUCAUCUUUUAGAAUACCAACUCAACUAUCUGCUGAAGACAGAACGACUGAAACUCGUGUCAUACAACACGAUGAACAAGCAUCAACAGAAAGCGCUGUUAUAUCUGAGUGCACAAAUACACAAGAAAUAAUUAAUAUAGAACCAAUAUCUUUUAAAAUAACUAAUGUCAUACCUAUGAAUGAUCAACCUUUCGGUGAACAAAUUACAUCAACAGAAACUAUUCAAAAUCUAUCAUCAUUAUCUAAUGAAAAAGAACAAAACUUAACUGAUGAACAAUCUAAAUGUUAUCUAGAACAUCAAACUCCAAAUCAAAUAGACAUAAGUUUUACAACAUUAUUACCACAAAAUGAAUUAAUUUCGGAUAUCAAUAAAGAUGAUCAAAUUAUUCUUAAAACUAUUCACAAAUUAAUCGAUGACACAAUUCAUAUUGUUAUAUCACAGUUACAAGAAAAUCCAAUUGAAAAUACACAAGAAGUUUCUAUUUCCGAUAGUAAUCUUAAUAAAUUAACAACUAUACAAACUGAUGAUGUCAUGCAAAAAUCAGCAAGUGAACUCGAAUCUGAUUCAAUAUCAUUGAAUACUGAAAUAGAAAAUAUUCAAUCAAAACUAACAAUUGAUCGUUGUGAAUCAUCUGCAACAAAUACUGAACCUGACUCAUUAGAAUUAGUUCAUACUUUACAAGGUCAUAGUAUUGUUCUACCUAAUGAACCUCAACCAUUAUUUCGUCCACCAGAAAAAUCUUCUAGUUCAACAACAUCAUCACAAGUGACUAGUUCUGAUCAUUAUAUUUCUUAUGCAAUACAUCAAAUGCGUGAUUCAUCACAAGAACGUUUACCAACUAUACCUUUAGCAGCUGACAUUCCUAUAUAUAAGAAUACAGAUGAAAAUAUUUUCUAUGAACCAAUCGAUAAUGUUAAUCAAAGAAUAAUAAAAGAAGAUGAUUCAACGGAAUUUGAUGCAACAGAAAAUUUAACAUCUUUUCCUGAUGAUAUAGGUGCUCAAAAAUUUUAUACAUUACAUGAAAAUAAACAACAACAUUUAGAAACAAGUAGUACAGAUGAUGAUGUUGAUGAAGAAUUUGAACAAAAUGAUUUGACUAAUAUUCAUCAUAUUAUUGAUCAAUUAGCACAACCAAAUAGUAGUUUAAAUGAAAAUGAUGAAGCUUAUCAAUGUUAUGAUCUUGCAACAUCACCAUCAAGUAAUAAUAGUUCAUCAUCAUUAAGACAACAAUCAGAUGAUGUUUAUCUUAUACCAGGAUAUCCUGGUUUAUGGCGACCAUCAGCUAGUAAUUAUAGUCCAAGUUUACCAAAAGAAGAUGAUGCAGAUGAUGAGGGUAAAAUAGCAAGUGAAAAUCAAACUAUUAUUCGAACAAUAGAUUCUACUAAACGUCCAUUAGUAUUUGAAUAUGCUCAAAAUGAAAUAAAAAAUUUAACUAAUCCAGAAAUUUUAACAAGUGGUAUACCAUUACGACCAGAUAAAAUAGAUUUAUUUAAUCAAUCAUUAAAUGAAUAUUCAUUAGAUAGAUCUGAAACAGAUAGUUAUCAAACAUGUCAAUCAUCAAUAUCAAAACAUAAAAAACAAUAUAAAUUAAAUGAAAUAAAACAAUCUAAUGAACAAGAUCAAACAAGUCCUGAUGAAAGUAUUUUUCUUAUACGUGAACGUGAACGAGGUGUUUCAUUACCAAUUACAAUGAAAAUUGAUUGUGAUGAUAUAGCAUUACGUUUAUCAACAUCUACUCCUAUUGAUAGUCCGUUGUAUUUAAAAUUACCGCUUGAUUUAUCAUCAUCAUCAACUCAUAGUGAACCACCAAUACCUAUCAAAAUAGAUUCAAAUAGUCGAACAAGUUCAUUAUCAUCAAGUAGUAAUGAAAAUGAUCAACAAAAAUUACCAUCUUGGUUAAAUACGGUUAAAACAGUAAUAACAACUAGGGAAGGAUCUGAUGGACCACUUGACUCUCGUAUAACUUUUCUCAAAUCUGCAAAAGGUCCAAUUAGUAUUUCUCAAUGUGAUCCACAAGGAAAUUAUAUCAUGAUUGAAAAUACAAGUCAAUCAAAGAAUAUUGAUCUUUCAAAUUGGACAAUAAGUCAAGAAAAUGAUAAUGGAGAUAAUUUAAUUUUUACAUUUCCUGAUAAGUGCCAUUUAGGACCAAAUCAUUCAUUAAAAAUUUUGACAAAAACAAAUGAAUCUGAACAAAGAAAUAAUGAUCUUAUAGCUUCAUCUUUGUCUUCCUGGCAUACAAGUCCCAAUAUUAUUACCAUAUUAUAUAAUUCUGAAGGCAAAGAUCGUUCGACAUUAAUCAAGAAAACAAUAUUCUCUUGA